AUAAGUAUGUCUAAUCUCUGUUGAUAAUCCAACCAUCGAGAGCGGCUCAGCUUCUCUCAGCACUCUGACGGUAGACUGUUCAAUUCACUACAGACGUCUGAUCGAGAAAAGAAAUGGACCCCAUAGGAGCAUUGUCUGAGCUAAAUUGGAGCUCGUUCAGUGGAGUGGCGACAGCUGAUGAUGAGGCUGAAUUCAUGUCGCAGUUGCUUGGUGGCUGUCCGUUUAUGAAUGCGAAAGAUUGCGAUCCGAGUGUCGGGGUGUCGUCGGCUUUUUGGUCUGGUUAUGAAUCUACGAGCAUUGCGAUUGGUGAUGAGAAUGUGCAUUACAAUUGUGAGGAUGUGAUGAAUUCUAGCCUGCAAUGCUGGCCACAAGAGAACACUAGUAGUCUAUUCUGCAAAAAUUAUCACUUGGGUGAUGCUAAUUCGGUCUCGCUGAUGAAUGAUGGGACCGCGAUGAUGGACAUUUGUAUGGUGGAUGAGGAAAAUAUCAGCUCGUCGCUGCAGUUGAUUGGCGGUAAUGUAUUCGAAGAUGCUUGCUUGAAUGAAGAGAUGAACUGUGAUGGUUUGGGAGAGCACUGUCCAGAGCCAUCAGGAGCUGUCGUUCUUUCCAAUCAGAUACCGCAGUCAAAAAGAAAACUUAAGGCGCCUGAAUUCAAUGAGGUGACGAUGGAUAGAAACAGUGCCGACCCAUCUGAGAAUCCAAAGAAGAAAACUCGAGUUUCAGGAGAUGCCCAAAGGAAUGGGAAGAAGCCCCAAUCAAAGAAGAAUCACAAGCUUCUUAGGACUGCUGAUGAGGAAGAGAGCAAUGCUGCUAUGAAUGGUCAGAGCUCUAGCAGCUAUUCUUCCGAUGACGAUUCGAUUGCUUCCCAAGAACUCAAUGGAGGACCAAGCUCAAGCUCUAAAGAGUCUUCAGCUCUCAUUUCGAGCGGAAAAACAAGAGCCAGUCGAGGGUCAGCGACCGAUCCUCAAAGCCUCUACGCAAGGAAAAGAAGAGAGAGAAUCAACGAACGGUUGAGGAUCUUACAGAACUUGGUCCCGAACGGAACGAAAGUAGACAUAAGCACCAUGCUUGAAGAAGCAGUUCAGUAUGUGAAGUUCUUGCAGCUUCAAAUUAAGCUCUUGAGCUCUAAUGAUCUAUGGAUGUAUGCUCCCAUCGCUUACAAUGGGAUGGACAUCGGAUGGCUCGAAGCGAAGACGUCCACACCACGAUGAGUCUGGUUCAAGGAGGAGGCCUUAGACUUGUGUUGUUAAUAAAAAUUCUUCUUUGUUUAAAAUUUUUGAUAUCUUGUAACGGGUUAAUUGAAUAAUCACUAAAAUUCUUUAUUUAUUUAUUUAUUUAUUUUUAAUGUAUGAGGUGCAAGCCUCAUGAUUAAUUAAUCA